AUGGCUACUAACGUUGCUUCCGUGAGUGACAAACAACAAUUGUGGCAUUCUACCCUGUUGCUGGAGCGACUCUCUACGCGUCGUGUCUUCCAAAAUGAAGGCCUUCAGUGCGCCGCUUCUGUAAUGCGCUCUGAAGCAGCGAGAGCCGAUGGGCGGCUGUGCGACGAUUUCGAGGCGGUUCUGCGUGGGAAUGCCUUGUAUAUUCGCCGCUUUGCCUGUGAUGAAGACGAUAUGGCGCUUUACAAUAGACUAAAGGGAGAACUCAUUGCCGCAACUGGGGCAGAGAUGUCAAAGGACGGUGGUUUGAUUGAGUGGAGCCGACACCAAAUUUUCGAGAAUCCAACAGACAUCAGUGAGACUUUCAACGCAGUUGUGGAGAUGCUGGCGGAGUACUUUGAUGUGGAUGUAUACGCCACGCGGCUGAAUUACUAUCGUGAUGGCCAGCAGUGGAAACCGCAGCAUCAUGAUAGUCAUGCGUACGGCACAGUUAAAACCAGUAACAACGGAGAGGAGCCGCAGCGGGAGGAUUUUACUGUUGGGAUAACACUUGGGGCUACACGGAGCCUGCUUUUCGUUCACGAGGCUUCCGGCUACCAGUUUGAGUUUCCACAGCGUAAUGGUGACUGUUUCGCAUUCACAAGUGAGGUGAACAACACGUUUACACAUGGUGUUCCCCGUGUCAAUACACCCAUUGGCGAUCGCUUUAGCAUUAUAGCGUGGGGACGACGUCGCUCCUUAAAUGAACGUAAUGGCGGAUCUGUUGUUGGAGGCGCGAAGCUUCAAGGGAAGGAGCCACAAACGGUAGAGGAGGCCAUUGAAAUGGCGCAUCAACUUGUGUCACGUGGGCCAGCACCAACUCAAACUACUGAGAAAAGGACAGAGAAGGCUGCAACCAAAAACAAGAAAAAAAAUCGAUUGCAGUGA